CAGCUCUCCCGCGCUCCGGGAGGCGUGUGCAGGCUGAGACCCAGCGCUGGCGCCGUUUAACACCCGCUCCCCGUCGCCGGUGCUAUGGAGGCGGCGGUGGACGCCCAAGUCGACCAUGAGGACGGCGACAGCAGCUGCGCGGACGUGUGCUUCAUGGACAAAGGCCUGCAGAGCAUAUCAGAGUUAUCUUUAGAUUCAUCCCUUCAUGCCAUCAAUUUGCACUGUAAUAACAUCUCCAAGAUUAAAGCCAUUGAUCAUAUUUGGAACUUAAGACAUUUAGAUCUGUCAUCUAAUCAAAUAAGUCAAAUUGAAGGGCUAACCACACUGACAAAACUACGCACUUUAAACUUGUCCUGCAAUUUGAUCACAAGAAUAGAAGGACUAGAAGCACUGGUUAAUCUGACUAGACUCAACUUAUCUUAUAACCAUAUAAAUGAUCUGUGUGGGUUGAUGCCUCUUCAUGGACUGAAGUAUAAACUUAGAUAUAUUGACCUGCAUAGUAAUUGUGUAGACAGUAUCCAUCAUUUACUUCAGUGUACAGUAGGACUGCAUUUUUUGACCAAUCUUAUUCUAGAGAAGGAUGGAGAGGGUAAUCCUGUCUGUCAUGCACCAGGGUACAGAGCAAUCAUUCUACAAACUUUGCCACAGCUGAGAAUCUUAGAUUGCAAGAACAUAUUUGGUGAGCCAGUAAAUAUGGCAGAAAUGAACUCAUCGCGUCUACAGUGCUUAGAAGGUCUUUUAGAUAAUUUAGUUUCUUCUGCCUCCCCCCUGAAUAUAAGUGAAGAUGAGGUAGUUGGCAGCAUGCCAGUGGUAGCCCCACCCAUGGACGUGUUGCCACCUCUGGAGCUUGCAAGCACUCCGACAGACACUGCGGUGACCUCAUUUUUGUCUGUGUGUCCGUCUUCUGAGCAAGAGAAAAUUAAUCAUGAAAAUGAUUUUCAAAAUGAGAUGAAAUUUCAGAAGAUAGAUGAUCAAAUAUUACAGCUUCUCAAUGAAGACUGCCUUGAUUGCGUCCCAGAUAAUCUGACUUCUAAUUCUUUAAUAAAUGAUGUUCCUGAGAAAGAACUCAGACCAAAAAGAGACACAGAUAUAACUUCUGAAAGUGACUGUGGAAACAAAAAAGAAUGCCAUAGAAAAAUUCCUAGAAGAUCAAAAAUCCCAUAUUAUGCCAGAACUAUUCAAACUAUUAAGCAUCACAAUAAAAACAACAGUGCUUUUAUAAGUUGUAAUCGAAAAAUGAGACAACCUUACUUGAAAGAUUUAUACGUGAGAUCAUCUUUAGCAAACUGUAAUGCAUUACAAGAAUUAGAUGACUGCAAGAAUGAGAUAAUUAAGGUAGACAAAAGUAGCUUGGAAGACAACACUUACCGGUCGCUUGUAGAACAACUAGACCAAGAGAGAGAGAUGAGAUGGAAAGCUGAACAAGCUGAAAAGAAACUUAUGGAUUAUGUUGAUGAGCUGCAUAAACAAGCAAGUGAGAAGAAAGAUGUUCAUAGCCUGGCUCUACUUACCACAGAUAGACUAAAAGACGUUAUUUUUAAAGAAAGAAAUUCCAAGGUUCAACUUGAAAUUAUGGUUCACAGACUUCAAAAUGAAAUUAAAAAACUAACUAUUGAAUUAAUAAAAGCAAGAGAUCAACAGGAAGAUCAUAUUAGACACCUGAGAACCCUGGAAAAAACAUUAGAAAAGAUGGAGAGGCAGAAAGCACAGCAGCAGCAGGCACAGAUGAGACUUAUCCAGGAGGUGGAACUCAAAGCUUCAGCUGCUGAUAGAGAAAUAAAUUUGUUGCGCAAUUCCCUUCACCAAGAAAAGCAACAAGUGCAGCAGCUCCAUGAACUUCUGGCAAUGAAGGCACAGGAACACAGGAAAGAAAUGGAAACUAGGGAGUUUCUCAGUGAUGCUGAGUUCCAGGAAGCAUUAGCUAAGGAAAUAGCCAAGGAAGAAAGGAAGCAUGAGCAAGAAAUCAAAGAAUACCAAGAAAAGAUUGAUGUCUUAAACCAGCAAUAUUUGGAUUUAGAAAAUGAAUUUCGCAUCGCUUUGACUGUUGAAGCCAGAAGAUUUAAAGAUGUUCAAGAUGGUUUUGAAAAUGUUGCAACUGAGUUAGCCAAGAGCAAACACGCUUUAAUCUGGGCUCAACGAAAAGAAAAUGAAUCUUCCUCUUUAAUUAAAGAUCUGACCUGUAUGGUAAAAGAACAAAAAAACAAACUCGCAGAAGUUUCCAAGUUGAAACAGGAAGCAGCAGCAAAUUUACAAAAUCAAAUCAACACUCUUGAAAUUUUGAUUGAAGAUGACAAGCAGAAGAGCAUUCAAAUAGAACUCCUCAAGCAUGAAAAAACCCAGCUUAUUUCUGAGUUAGCAGCCAAGGAAUCACUGAUUUAUGGCUUACGGACAGAAAGAAAAGUUUGGGGACAUGAAUUGGCACAACAGGGGUCAUCUCUAGCCCAAAAUCGUGGAAAAUUAGAGGCCCAAGUUGAAAGUUUAUGUAGAGAGAAUGAAUCUCUUAGAAAAGCCAAUGAAAGUAAUAGUGAUACAUUAAGAAUAAAGAGCAAAAUCAUAGAAGACCAAACUGAAACCAUUAGAAAAUUAAAAAAUUGUUUACAAGAAAAAGAUGAACAAAUCAAAGUAUUACAAGAAAAGAUUGCUGACAUAGAAAAAUGCACCCAGGCACAACUUGAAGAAAAAUCUUCUCAACUGGAUAAUGUAAUUGAAAAACUGGAAAGACACAAUGAAAGAAAGGAAAAACUAAAGCAACAGUUGAAAGCAAAGGAAUUAGAACUUGAAGAAAUCAGAAAAGCAUACAGUACACUUAAUCAGAAAUGGCAUGAUAAAGGAGAACUUCUCAGUCAUCUUGAAACACAAGUCAAGGAAGUGAAAGAAAAAUUUGAAAACAAGGAAAGAAAACUUAAAGCAGAAAGAGACAAAAGUAUCGAGCUACAAAAGGAUGCAGUAGAAAAACUUAACAACAUGGAUGAUGCCUUUAAAAAACAAGUCAAUGCAAUUGUUGAAGCUCAUCAGGCUGAAAUAAUACACUUAGCAUGUGAGAAGCAAAAGUGUAUCGAUUCUGCAAACUUAAAGGUUCAGCAAGUUGAAGAAGAAAUGCGUGAACUUCUGCAAGAAACAUGCAAAAAUAAAAAAGCAAUGGAGGAAAAAAUAAAGCAACUUUCUUGUGCUUUAAAUGAAAUUCAACAGGAAAUGUGAUAUUUCUGAGAAUGAAUUUAAUUGAAAUGGACCAGCAGACCUACUGUAACAAUGAUUAAAUAUUGUAAUAGUAGUAACUACAAAUGUCUCUUUCUAUACAUUUCAUUAUGAAUAUAUUUUAAGAGACUUUUGACUAGAUAUUAAUUAAUUGUAUAUAUAGGUUUUAUAAUAAAUUAUUGGUAAUUAUGUAUAUUAGAAAAAACCUUCAUAAUAACUAGACUAAAAGCACAUUUUCUUGUCUGUGUUCUAUGUCUCAUCAGUAAGUACACAUUUGCAUACAGAUUUGUAAAUGAAGGUUAGAAUUUGACUAUAUGAGAAAACUUUUAAUCACUGUUGUUAACAUUACUUAUUAUAUUUACAGGUUAUCCUUUAAUUGAUGUAGCUCUCCUUCUUUUAAAGUGACCAUAAGGUGUAGCCAAAAGGUAUUUGAACUCUAUAUGAUAUAAGAUGUGACAUUGUUUAAAAAGUACAUGCAGCUUUCUGCACAUUGCUAAUAAUUUCCUCUUUUAUUUAUUAUUAUAUAAUACAUGUGACUUAAUUAAAGACUGCAUUUAAGGUUUUUUCAAAUAUUGUCUUUCAGAAGAGAGAAAACCACUGAUCCACCCUCAUUAUAUUCUUAAUCACUAUUAUAUGAAGAGUUUCUAAUUUUCUAACUGUAAAAACACCUCAUAUUGGCUUGUAUAUUGGUAUUUCACUGUUGUCAUUUCUUACAGUGCUAUGCAGAUCAGAAAUCUGUUAGGCAUCCACACCCCCUGACACACUCCUGAGAGGAAAAAUAUAUAUAUUUUUUAAACCAAUAUCAAUACUAUUAUACUAAAUUUUAAAAAGUUAAAAUGCUUCUGAAAAUAAGGUCCUAUGUCAUAGGUGAACUACUUCUUGAAGUCUGUGGAACAUCAGACAUGCCAACACAUGUAAUGGGUAUCUCAGAAGGGGGACUAAAGAAUGUCUGGAGAAAUAAAAGCUGAACACUGCCCAAGUUUGAUUUUAAAUGUCUACAGAUAAAAACAGUUUUCAAUAAAAAUCCAUGAUAGAGA